UUUAGCUACUAAGCCAUUGCCUUCUGUCAGCUCUGAAGGAACAAGUGGACGUUUGUGGACUAAGUCAUCGGAACAGCAAUGUCCUUUGAAACUAUGGAAAACCGGUGAAUGAUCCAGCUGCCAAGACUGCAGGAUAAACCUUGUCAACGUGCUGUAUUUCCCGAGUGAUGAUUAUAUAAAAAUUAAAAAUUAAAAAGAAGAAAAAUGGGAGAGCUUAAACCAGAAUCGGUUGAGAUGUACCUAGAGAACAAUCCCCAGUUUGCUAAGGAAUAUUUUGACAAAAAGCUUAGGGUAGAGGUACUGGGGGCAGCCUUCUCAGGCUCCAAGGUGGAACUGAAGGAUGCAGCUUCCAUAAAGGAUGUUUCUCAGGUGGAAGAAGCUACAUAUGUCUUUGAACUGGUCAGCGAAAUCCAGGAAUUAAGUAACAUGGAAAAGACGAUUCACAAAGUGUUGCAGAGAAUGGCACUAUUAUUAAAAGCAGACAGGUGUAGUAUGUUCUUGUGCAGGUCUAGAAAUGGCACUCCUGAAUUAGCAACUACUCUUUUCAAUGUCACUUCAACAUCCAUCUUUGAGGAAAACCUUGUUUCAUCCGAAUCCGAGAUAGUCUUUCCUUUGGACGUGGGAAUUGUGGGAUGGGUUGCUCAUACAAAGAAGACUUUCAACAUUCCUGAUGUGAAAAAGAACACCCAUUUUAGUAGCUUUGUUGAUGAAAAGACUGGAUUUACCACUACUAGCAUGCUGGCGACUCCCAUUGUACACGGGAAAGAAGUUCUGGCUGUGAUCAUGGCACUGAAUAAGAAGGAUGCCCCCGAGUUUACAAAAGCAGACGAGCAGCUCUUCAUCAAAUAUCUUGGCUUUGUGGAUAUAGUGUUAAAGUUUCAUCACACAACUUACCUGCAUAAUGUGGAAUCUAGGAAGAGCCAGGUGCUUCUCUGGUCUGCUAGCAAAGUUUUUGAGGAGCUAACGGAUAUCGAGCGUCAGUUUCACAAAGCGCUGUACACUGUCCGAGCCUACCUCAACUGUGAACGCUAUUCUGUUGGCCUGCUCGAUAUGACCAAAGAGAAGGAAUUCUACGAUGAAUGGCCAAUAAAACUUGGGGAAGCAGAGCCAUACAAAGGACCAAAGACCCCAGAUGGCAGAGAAGUCAACUUCUAUAAGAUCAUUGAUUACAUUUUGCAUGGAACAGAAGAAAUUAAAGUAAUACCGACACCACCGGCAGAUCACUGGUGUCUUAUUAGCGGUCUUCCAACUUAUGUAGCAGAGAAUGCAUUUAUCUGUAACAUGAUGAAUGCAUCAGCUGAUGAAUACUUCACAUUUCAGAAAGAAGCUGUUGAUGAAUCAGGCUGGAAGGUUAAAAAUGUGCUAUCUUUGCCUAUUGUCAACAAAAAAGAAGAAAUUGUAGGAGUUGCCACAUUUUACAACAGGAAAGAUGGGAAGCCAUUUGAUGAAUAUGAUGAACAAAUCACUGAAACACUUACCCAAUUUCUUGGCUGGUCUGUACUCAACACAGACACCUAUGACAAACUCAACAAGAUGGAAAACAGAAAAGACAUUGCCCAGGAAAUGCUUAUGUAUCAAACCAAAUGCACGAAAAAUGAACUUCAGUCUAUCUUGAAUACAAAGGAGAAGUACAGCUCAGAACCUGAAGACUGUGAUGCAAAGGAACUAGUCAAGCUGCUGAAAUCCAACCUCCCUGAUCCCAAAGAUGUAGAGCUUUAUGAAUUCCACUUCAGUGACUUCCCGGUUACUGAAUUUGACCUGAUCAAAUGUGGAAUACGCUGCUUUUAUGAGAUAAAUGUGGUUGAAAAGUUCAAAGUUCCAGCAGAAGUAUUAACACGAUGGAUGUAUACUGUUCGUAAAGGAUAUCGUGAUAUUACAUACCACAACUGGAGACACGGGUUUAACGUGGGACAGACAAUGUUUACAUUACUGAUGACUGGUAAAUUGAAAAAAUAUUACACAGACCUUGAGGCAUUUGCCAUGGUCGCAGCAGCUUUUUGUCAUGACAUUGAUCACAGAGGAACAAACAACUUGUACCAGAUGAAGUCUGCAUCACCAUUAGCCAAACUGCAUGGGUCCUCCAUUUUGGAAAGGCAUCACCUCGAGUACAGCAAGACGUUAUUAGCAGAUGAGAGCUUGAACAUCUUCCAGAAUCUUCAAAAACGUCAGUUUGAAACUGUCAUUCAUUUGUUUGAAGUGGCUAUCAUUGCAACUGAUCUUGCAUUAUACUUUAAAAAAAGGACAAUGUUUCAGAAGAUUGUAGAUGCCACAGAAAAAAUGGAGACGGAAGAGGAGCAAAUAAAAUAUGUCACAAGUGACCCCACCAAGAAGGAAAUUAUUAUGGCUAUGAUGAUGACUGGAUGUGACUUAUCUGCCAUUACCAAACCAUGGGAGGUACAAAGUAAGGUGGCACUUAUGGUAGCAAAUGAAUUUUGGGAGCAAGGAGAUCUGGAAAGGACAGUUCUCGAGCAGCAGCCUAUACCUAUGAUGGACAGGAAUAAGGCUGAUGAAUUGCCGAAGCUGCAAGUUGGAUUCAUCGACUUUGUGUGUACAUUUGUAUACAAGGAAUUUUCAAGGUUUCACAAAGAAAUCACGCCAAUGUUCUCAGGUCUUCAAAACAACAGGGUUGAAUGGAAAGCAAGAGCCGAUGUUUAUGAAGAAAAAAUGAAAGCCAUUGAGGAGGAAAAGAAGAAGAGAGAAGAAGAAGAAGCCAAAAAAGAAGGCAAUGGUGAUGGCAGCAAGUCUAAAACAUGCACAAUAUUUUAGAAAAUGCACAACUCCUUCUCACCGACUCCUCCUAUGAUGACUGCAAAAGAAUGUUUACUUCUGACUUCAUCUUUACUUUCUCACUUGUGGAUGUCAGUUGCAAUGGACUAAAUGAUCAUUCUGAAUGGAAAUUUUGAGUUGGAAAGUGCACCAAUAUUUUCUGGACUUACACAUAAAAAAUAGAGAAGUAGAAGCAAUUUUCAUUGUAAAUAGCUGUAAUUUAUUAUAAAGUUAAAUACAUAAAUAUACAUUUUAAUUUAGAGAUUCAUUUCGGGCAUUUAUGCCAUAGAUCUGAUCUAAUUAAAAAUACACAUUGUAAUUUGCUUCCAAGUGGAAGAUAUUUUAAAACCCAUUUUGCUUCAUUACAUAAUAAAAAUGUAUAUAUACAUACUUGUGAUCUAGUGUUUGCAUGUC